UUAAAAAAAAUUAUUGAAUCCCACCACAAAAACAUGAUUGGGUUUGUUCUACAAAACUGAAAAUCACAAUAAUUGUAAACAUCUUUAACUGAAAAUCAUAACUACAAUAAAAAAUCGCAACAACUGCAGCAAAACAAAUAUUGAAACAAAUUUAAAUUUAAUCGACAUCCCAUGAAAAAAAAUCAUUGAGAGAAAAAGAUACUGUCCGACAGUAUCAAAAUUAAAGUUCUUUUUUUUAAAAAAAAUUGUAAAAAUUCAGUGAAAGUUUUGAAGCCAAAAUCUCAUAAAAGAAGGAGAAGAAUAGCAAUAAGCCUGAUUACUUCAUUCUCUUGUUUACAGAUAUGGGUUCGUUUUGCAUAAACUUGACACUCAUAUUGGCUUUACUAUCCACUAGUUUUCCGUACAAUUCAUGGGCUGUAGAUGUAGAUACUAAUUUGGGAUCUGAAACUGAGUUACUAACUCGGGAGCUUAUGGAAUCGGCGAGGCAACCUGAGUUCUUGGAUUGGUUGAGAAGGACGAGAAGAAAAAUCCAUGAGUACCCGGAAUUGUCUUUUCAAGAAUACCAAACGAGUCAAUUUAUCCGAAAUGAGUUGGAUUCACUUGGGAUCAAGUAUUUGUGGCCAGUGGCUAAAACUGGUGUGGUGGGAACUAUUGGGUCUGGUGCUCAACCUUGGUUUGGUUUGAGAGCUGACAUGGAUGCUCUCCCCAUUCAGGAAUUGGUAGAUUGGGAGUUCAAAAGCAAGAUCGAUGGAAAAAUGCAUGCUUGUGGCCAUGAUGCUCAUGUUACCAUGUUACUUGGAGCAGCUAGACUGAUUCAGAACAGAAGGGACAAGUUAAAGGGCACAAUUAAGCUUGUCUUCCAACCUGCAGAAGAAGGAUAUGCUGGUGCCUCGUAUAUGUUAGAAGAAGGAGCUUUAGAUGGAUUUCAAGCAAUGUUUGGCUUGCAUGUCUGGCCAUUUAUGCCCGUUGGCACUAUUGGUUCAAAACCUGGUCCUAUUAUGGCUGGCUCUAGCAGGUUUACUGUAAUAAUGCGAGGGAAAGGCGGCCAUGCAGCAACACCACAUAACACAAGGGACCCAAUAUUGGCUGUUUCUAUGGCAGUUCUUGCACUCCAGCAACUUGUUUCUCGAGAAACUGAUCCUUUAGAGCCUAGGGUGCUCACUGUUGCAUUUGUAGAUGGUGGUCAAGCCGGUAAUGUAAUCCCCGAAAGUGUAAGGUUUGGUGGCACCUUCCGGUUCAUGACAUUAGAAGGAUAUUCCUAUCUUAAGCAGAGAAUCAAAGAGAUCAUCGAGACUCAAGCAGGCGUACAUCAGUGUUCUGCCACUGUCAGUUUCAUGGAGGAAAUGAGACCAUAUCCGCCAACUAUAAAUGAUCCCAAGAUCUAUGAUCAUAGUAAAAGAGUUGGAGAAAUCUUGCUUGGCAAUAAUAACGUGCAGCAUUCCCCAGCUUUGAUGGCUGCAGAGGACUUCGGGUUCUAUUCCCAGAGGAUGGCAACUGCAUUCUUUUUCAUUGGGACACAAAAUAAAACAACCUCAUCUUCUGUUAAAGGUUUGCACUCCCCGUACUUCACCAUUGAUGAAGAAGUUCUUCCAAUAGGAGCAGCCCUCCAUGCUGCUGUUGCCAUAUCUUACUUGGAUACACAUUUUAAGUCAGAGUAACACAAAAAACAUUGGUGAUUAUUAUUGUUUGGCAAUUGAACAAUCAUCCUGCUCAUAAAUGUUGAGAUUUGACUUUAUUUAUAAGCAGACAAAUCUGUAUUAUUUUUAAUAAAGAGGGGUUCCCCUCAGAUGGUAAGCACCCUCCA